AUGGUCACGGCAGAACAACCGAAUGAUUUGGAGCAGAUAAAAGAAACAGAUCAGAAGAAAUUUGAAAGAUGGAGAAAAAGCUUAAUGUAUAUCACUGGUAUAGGCUUGACAGAAAAAGAGAAAAACGAGUAUAAACUUAAGUCCGAGAAUAAUGUUGAGGAAUAUCAGUGUAGAAAAUGCGAAAAGUGGCGAGACAAAUUAUUGAAAAGAAGUCCAAUAGUAAUAUUUAUGUUAAAGUCCUUAGAAGAGGCUGGGUGUAAAAUCGAAAAAAAACAUUUUAAAUGCUUGCCAUGUGACAAUACACGUAGUGGGGGGUUUUCACCGGCUCACGGUAUACUUUUAUGUCAGAACAGAUUUUUCAGUAAGGGUCACGCUGAGGACACAAUGGUACAUGAGAUGAUGCAUCUCUAUGACCACUGUCGAUUUAAGGUGGACUGGAAUAAUUGUUAUCAUCAUGCAUGUAGUGAGGUUAGGGCAGCAUCUCUGAGUGGUGACUGUCGUUGGACGCGUGAAAUUAGACGAGGAUUCUUUGGUUUUACGAAACAACAUCAGGCUUGCGUGAAAAGACGAGCCAUACUAUCACUCCAAAACAAUGCGCUUUGUUCUGCACCGGGACUGGCAGAAAAAGUUGUAUCCGAGGUUUUUGAGAGUUGUUUCAACGAUACGCGACCGUUUGAUGAAAUUUAUUAA